UCAUCACCAUCGUGAUUUGGGGAGAGAAGAAGCGAAAAGAGAAACCACUGUCGAGCCGUGAAUGCAGAGAAAUGGCCUCUUCCAAGGUCUCCGCUGGCAUCUUCGAGUGGACGCGGCCGGUUCCUCGCCAGCAGUGGGAUCCCCAGGACCCUGUGAUGCUCGAGGCGGCCAAGCCAUACCAACAGGUUGAGCAACUCAUCGGUUACACAUUCCGCGACAAGGGUUUUCUGCUGAUGGCGUUCACCCACGAUUCGUUCCCGGCCGCCGAGCGCAAGGUUCCGGCCAGCAUGCAGCCCAUGGACACGCUUGGUGACGCGCUGCUCAAGUACUUGCUGGCGGCCAAGCUGUACGGCUGCGUCCACCCGCUGUGUCCGCGCUCGCUGCACGAUGCGCGCUCGCGCGUCGACUCCAACUAUUCGCUCGGUCUCAUCGCCACGCGCCAAGGCUGGCAGCGGUUGCUGCGAACGGGGUCGGCGACGCUGAGCGACGCCGUCGUCAACUAUGUGCGCAGCAUCGACAACGCGGACUACCCCGGCGACGAGUCAAAGGUUCCGCCCAAGCCGCUGGCCGACACCCUCGAGGCGCUGACCGGUGCUGUUUACUUGGAUUCGAACCUGGACCUGGGCGCCACAUGGCACGCUGUGUACCCUUUGCUGCAGCCGCACGUGGACCAUGAGAUUGCAGCAGUCGCCGCAAAUUCGGCGUUGUAUUUCUUCUGAAAAGACAAACACUAAGGGCAUGCGAGGCAGU